AUGGAUAGAAAACCUACAUCAUUGCCUCUCUCCUCCUCCAAAGCAGAGAUGGAACAGCAUGUCAACUUCAGCAACAACAGUAGCUGCAUAAUUGACAAUUUUAAGAGAGAAUUUUACCCUGUCAUGUACCUGAUCAUCUUCAUCUGGGGAGCCUUGGGAAAUGGCUUUUCCAUAUUUGUUUUCCUGCAGCCUUAUAAGAAGUCCACACCUGUGAAUAUUUUCAUGUUAAACUUGGCCAUUUCUGAUCUGCUGUUCACAACCACACUGCCUUUCAGGGUCGACUACUACCUCAGAGGCUCCAAUUGGAUAUUUGGGGACUUGGCCUGCAGGAUCAUGUCUUAUUCCAUGUAUGCCAAUAUGUACAGCAGCAUUUAUUUCCUGACUGUGCUGAGUGUUGUGCGUUUCCUGGCAACUGUUCACCCCUUCCGGCUCCUUCAUAUCACCAGCAUUAGGAGUGCCUGGGUCCUAUGUGGGGUCAUCUGGAUUCUUAUCGUGAUUCCCUUAGCAGUGCUUCUGAACAGUGAGGCUCAGAAGAACAAUGUUACUUUAUGCUUAGAGCUGAAUAACAAUAAAGCUGAUAAACUGCAGAUCCUGAACCACAUCACCUUAGUGAUGGGCUUCUUAUUGCCAUUCUGCACUCUGAGCAUCUGUUACCUACUGAUCAUUCGAACUCUGCUGAAGGUGGAGGUCCCAGAAUCAGGCCCCAGGAUUUCUCAUAGGAAGGCACUGACCACCAUCAUCAUCUCCUUGAUCAUCUUCUUCUUGUGUUUCCUGCCGUAUCACAUACUAAGAACCCUCCAUCUGGCUGUGUGGCAAACAUGCAAAGCCUCGCUCCAUAAAGCUGUGGUCAUCACACUGACAUUGGCUGCAGCCAAUACCUGCCUGAAUCCUUUGCUUUAUUACUUUGCUGGAGAGAAUUUUCAGGACAGACUGAGGGCCAUUCUCAGCAAAGGUCAUCCACAUAUGAUAAAGACCAACUUCCAAUUUCCUGUUUGUGUGCGGUCGGAAAAGGAAACAAGAGUAUAA